AUGUGUGAAAAGUCUAAAUCAGUGUCCACCAUUCCUCACGUUUCAAAUUUAAGCUCCAUCCUGAAGAGCGGUGACUGGUGCAGCCCUUCCCUCCGGCAGUACGCCUGUGCUUCAGGCACCAAGCUGACAUCAAGGCAACUCUCCUCCAUCCUCACAUGCUACAUCACAGACCCUACUGCUCUCCUGGACCAAGGGGCUUUCCUGCUCUUGUUUCAACAAGUCAACAGUGAAGUGCUGCAAACUGCUCUGAAUGAAAUCAGUGUGCAGGUCCGCAGUGACCAGAUUGCAUCAGCCACCAAAGCCUUCAUGUUAAAUGCAGCAUGGGAAGUCGUGAAGUCUGAUCCAAAAGUCGCAAAUGCAGGUUUCCUGGCAUCCUGGUUCCAGGAGACCCUGCAUGCCUACCUUCCCUCCAUUGGCACCAGCAUCCUGGACUGCAUGGCACAGCUUCCAGUCACUUGUGAUGGCCUGGCCACAGUAGUGAGAGGUUUGGACUACGCAUUUGAUGACAUGGCAACAGAUACAAAGACUGACAUAACCCAAUGGAUUGUCCAAACUCUUCCUCGCUUAGAUUGUCAGAUGGAUGAAAACUGGAUGACUCUUAACUUCCAGAGAUUCAGAUCCAUAGCUAACAUCACAGACUUUGUUGCUGCCUAUGAAAACUUCACUGGGAUGGCACUCCUGGAGGAGCUGACUGCCAUCCAGCUUGCCCAGUUAACACUGUCCCAAGACGUGUUCAGCUCUGUUGCUAACAUUGAACGGAUCUUUGACAGACUAACCAAACUGCCGGGUCUCCAUGAGUUGGCCACUUACUGGGACGAGCUUAAUUCUGCUUUAGAAGAGCCUUUUACCAACACCUUCAAUAUCUCCAUGGCAGUGAAGCGUACCAUGUUGGCAAGAACAGUGGCGCAGCUCCGUUCUGCACUUCCUACCUUCACAGACAACGACUACCACCUUUGGUUUCAGAAGAGGCUUGUGGCUGUUCUGCCAGGCAUUCAUGCCCCCAUCCUUCAGGACAUCCCCAACACCAUAUCCUGCAGUUCCUACAAGUCUCUAAUUGCUGGAAUCAAUACAGUCUUCUCUGAAAUCCCUGCAGCUGGCAAAACGGAUGUAUAUAACUACAUUGUGGCAUUCCUCACCCAGCAGUCUGAGCUCACCGGUGCUGCCUGUUCCACCCACGCCACAACUAGAGACUGGUUAUUACAGUUCUUUGGAAAAUUCUGCACAGCAGCACCUUACACUCAAUUGGUUUCACUCUACCGUCAACCUUUCAACGCGUAUGCCAUUUUGGACCUCCUCACUCCCACUCAGAUUGGUGACAUGAUGGUAUACUCGGACACACUGACCAGUAUGGAUGCAGCAGUCCAGCUUGUCCAGUUCUUCCAGCAAAGUGAAGCUGAGGAUGUUCAGAUGAUUUUGACACAGUUCACCAAGGCUGCAAGCAUGCGUAAGAUCACAGUCCUGCCAAAUUAUGACAUUGCUCGGCUACUCCUACUACAAUACCUGACCAGCACGUCCGAGCAAAUGAAGACAUACACUGCCUCUGACUGGAACAUCACCUUCCAAAAUGAGCUCUACUUCCUGCGUCCCGUCAUCAACGAAUCAACCCUCGCCCUCAUUGUGCCACAGGAUUAUGACUCCUUAGUUGCUGUUGUUACUGCACUUGACGACACUUACCAACACAUGACUGAGUCCUCUAGAAGAGAUACAGCACUCUGGAUUGCACGGAAUCUCCAGAUCUUGAAAGAUGGUCCACCUGAGUCCUCUACUGAAUGGAUAAAAGUCACCUGGAAAUCCUUCUUCCACAAUAUAGCCCUCCAGGAAGUCAUAGCAACCCACAACAGCUUUGACCCUGCCAAAAUUCUGGAUGUGCUGAGCACCGAGCAGCUGGUGGAAUAUGCUCUGACUUCUGAUGCCCUGGUCAACGUGACCACAAUGCAGGAUAUCCUGAAUGCCCUGAGGGGUGAAAAUCCCCAAAUCUCAGAGCCUAAAAUGAGUGAAUUCCUGGUGAAGUUCAACCUGGCUCUGACACAGGAAGGCAUUGGGGGCAUCAGAAAUGAUGAAAUAAGGAUGGAAAUGCUGACAACACUCUUCACAGACCUUUCCAAGCACUUUUAUAAAUUUGCUGAUCUUGACUAUGAACUCUGGUUCCUGGAGAGCCUAAGAUUCCUCUUGCCCAGCAUAAACACAGAUCUGCUAGAGUUAAUCCCAGGAGACCUCAGCUUCCCAGCCUACACAGCCAUAGUGCGAGGCCUAGAUAAUGUCUUUCCAGAGCUUCCACAAAACACAUCCCAUGCUAUCUACCUCUUCAUCAAAAGGAUCCUGGAAUCUCAACUUACUUUUUCAGACAAGGUAUUUCCUGGCACGUAUGACAGCAGCCGAAGUUUCCUGGAACUUAUCUUCUACAGAUUUUUACAUUUUGCUCCUUACAGUGACCUCACUGACUUCUACAAGGACUUUAAUGGGUAUGAAGUUCUUGACCUUCUGUCUGCCAGACAAAUCGGAGAGAUGACAGUUCUCACAAAUGCUUUUAAGAGGGAACGCCUUACUGUCCAGAUUUUGCUGGAGAUGGAAAAACGCUCCUUUGAGGAGCUGACUGAAUUCACAAAGGAGCUGAACGCUGCAGCAGAAGAGAGGGAUCUCACUGUCCUUCCUGACCCCCGGAUUCGUGAGCUGCUCUUCGAUUUACUUUUUAAAUCCUUACCGUUCAGCACCUUUACAGCCAACGAAUAUGCCUUCUGGUUUGGUUCGGAGCUGCAGCUAUUCCUGCCAGCUAUGAAUGACAACUAUCUGCAGCUCCUGCCUCUGGAUAUUGACUGCCAGUCUCAUCAAAACCUUGUGCAAGCAAUGGACAGAGUGUACGAGCAUUACACAGAUGAGCAGAGACUCUCCAUCCAUCGCAGAAUACACAACUUUCUGGAGACCUACCGUAACACUCAAGGUGUCACCUGUUUCCCAAAUGCAAGUAGCAGCAUAUGGAUAGCUGCUAACUAUGGCUAUUUCAGUGCCCAUGCCACUCUCCACGAGUUCUCUUCACUCAAUCCAAAUUUCAACGGGAUGUCAGCUCUGGGAAAGCUUUCGCCAGCUCAGCUGGCACAACUAAUGCUGGAAACAGGGGCUCUGGCUGAUGAAACCAGCGUGAUCACCAUCAUGGACAACUUAGGCACACCAUCAGAUCUUGCUAAGUUCUUUGCCACGCUGAAUGACAUGGCAUCGAUGGAUGUCUUGGAGAAGUUAUCCCCACCACAACUAGCAUCCCUGACGCUUUCAUCUGAUGCCAUUAAUGAGGAAGAGGAGAUGUGUCAGAUCCUUGCAAAACUACACAACAAACCAUCAGAGGAAAUCUAUCAGUUUUUAGACCAGUUCAACAGAGACGCAGCCCAGUUCAAUGUACGGGACAAUCUUACCACUACCCAGCUUGCCCACGUAUUUUUUGACCCUGGAGUCCUGGAUGAUACCAGAAUGGUUGAAACCCUCCUGGGCUCCCUGGAGGGCAGGCCAGCUCUAGACAUCUCUGCCUUUGUUGCCGAGUUUGUGGCCACUGCUUCUCAGGAAGGCUUACCAACCCUGGCAAAUGCGCAAGUCCGAGAUGCCAUGUUCAGAACAAUCUUUCACAAACUCAGAGGCCAGUUCCCUACUUUUAGCGUCUCCCAGUACAAGGACUGGUUCCAGAACAAGCUCAGCUUGUGGCUGGGCAGCAUAAAUGCCUCUGCCCUUGCAGCUAUCCCAAGGAACAUACCUUGUAGAAUAUACCAAAUUAUAAUGAGUGGCUUAGAGGGCAGCUUUCAACAGAUGUCCCCUGCUAGCCACCAGGACGUUUACAGCUUUGCAAAGAGCUACCUGUCUGCCAAGGCUUCUCAAGGAGGUGGCCCAUGCGUCGAGAACACCAGGGGAAGCUUGGAUUGGCUACAAACAAACCUGGGCUCCUUCAGCUCCUUGGCUACAUACAGAGACUUGACUGACAUGAACGCAGAUUUCGGCAUUGUUGAUGCUGUGGCAGGACUCACCCCAGAGCAACUGGCAGCUUACACGCUGGCUAGCGAUGUCCUGCGUGACAUAGACAAAGCAGGCAAGGUCUUCAGCUCUCUGAGCUCUCACACCAUUGGGGAUUUCAUGGAUGCAUUCAAUGAAGCUGCAAUGCAGCGUAAUCUAUCUCAGCUUCCUCACGGUGAUGUGAGACGAUUCAUCCUGGGGCAGAUCUUCUGUCACUUAAGCACAGUAUUUGAGCUCUUCUCUACUGAGGACUACAUUGCCUGGUUUGGAGGAAGGCUUGGCCUCUUCCUGAGCAGCCUCAAUGCACAGAAUCUCGGCUUCUUACCCAGUGACAUGACAUGCAACUCUCUUGCAGCCAUAGUGAAGAUCCUGAACGAACAUAAAGCCAAAGGGCCCUAUGAGAAUCCAGAGCACAUCUACUCCUUCAUAAAGAGAGUUCUUCACUUCCAACUGCAGAACUCAGGCUCCGCCUGCACACAGGGCACUGCAGCAGACAGGGAAUGGCUGCUACAGUAUUUUGGUUUAUUCACUGCUUUUGGAUCCUACUCAGAUUUUGCAACACUGAAGCGCAACUUCCAUGGGCAUGACUCCCUAGACCUCUUCUCAGCUGAGGCACUGGCCCAGCUGACUGUUCAGAGCAAGACCAUCUACAGCCCCUCAGCCAUCCAGAUGGUCCUGGAGGUAAUUGGGAACAAGGAGGAGCCUCUCCAGUACCUCAGUGCCUUCCUGGAGGACUUCAACACUUUUGUCCUGAAGUUUAAAGUUCCUGAUCUCAAUACCCCAGAAGAGAUGGCACAGUUGACUGUUAACUCAACGCUGACCAGCCUGGAAGAUACACUCUCAAUCCUGGCAAUACUUGAGUGUGGAUCCUACGACACAAUCAACAGAUACAUGAGCCAGUUUAACGUGUGUGCUCGCCAGGCUGCCAGUGUCAAAGGAUUCAACAUCGCUUAUGAGUCCCUUUCACCUUCCAACAAAAUCGACAUAUAUAACAGCUACAUCAAAACCUACCUGAGCCAACAAUCACAUUCAACAGCCGACUUCACCGAGCAGGAAUAG